AUGACCCGUGCCCAGCAGACCAUCUCCCUUGCGCUCCUCGUCUACCUCGCUCUCUACCUCCAGCUCGUCCCCGUUCCUGCCAAGAUUCAGGAGCAAAUCAUCCCCGUCCUUCCCUUCUGGGUUCUCGUUUCCUUCGGCGCAUACCUGCUCGCACGACUCGGAUACAAUGUCAUGACCUUCAACGACGUGCCCGAGGCGCACAAGGAGUUGGUCGCGGAGAUCGAGGAGGCCAAGGCCGACCUGCGGAAGCGUGGCGUUGAUGUGGACUAA